AUGCCUCGGGAUCCAUUAAUCGGCCUCGUCGGGAAACCGUCGUCUGGCAAGUCAACUACCCUCAAUAGUUUGACCGAUGCUUCUUCUAAAGUUGGUGCCUUCACAACUAUCGAUCCCCAGCGCGCCAUAGGCUACCUCCAGGUAGACUGCGCGUGCAAACGUUUUAACGUCUCGGAUAAAUGCAAGCCCAAUUACGGUGGUUGUCAUGAAGGGCGGAGAUCUGUCCCAAUCGAGCUGCUUGAUGUUGCUGGGCUUGUUCCUGGAGCGCAUGAAGGCAAAGGACUCGGGAAUAAAUUUUUAGACGACCUACGACAUGCGGAUGCGUUGGUACAUGUGGUUGAUGUUAGUGGGACGGUUGAUGCCGAAGGGAAGGCCACUAGAGGGUAUGACCCUUCACAAGAUAUUGUUUGGUUGAAAUCGGAGAUCGUCAAUUGGAUCUUGGGUAAUUUGAUGGAGAAAUGGGGUUCUAUAAAACGGCGACAUACAGCAACAAAGGCAACACCGGUCGAAACGCUACAAAAUCAGUUUUCUGGUUACGGAAGCACAUCGAAGGUCGUGGCGCGAUGUCUUGACCGAUUAGAUAUAAAAGAGCCCCUGCAAGAAUGGUCGGAUGAGACCGUAGAACGUGUUGUCGUUGCCUUUAUAGAUGAAAAAUUCCCCACAGUGCUCGCGCUCAACAAAAUUGAUCAUCCAGAUGCUGACAAGAAUAUAAAUAAAAUUGCCAAGGCUCAGGAUCCGCAAUCGAUUGUUUUGUGUUCUGCCAUAUCAGAAGUCUUCCUUCGAAAACUGGCUCGACAAGGAUAUAUCAAAUAUGUCGAAGGGAGCGAUGUUAUAGAUACGAGAGAGGAUCUAAUAGAUAUGGGUGAUCCUGAGGGUGGUGGCCUCAAGGAAAUGGAUGAGAAAUUGAAGAACCGGUUGGAAAAUGUCAAGGAUUUGGUUUUGUAUCGAUUCGGAUCAACAGGGGUCGUUCAGGUUCUCUCUCGUGCUGCGGAAGUACUUGGGUUGGUACCAAUUUUCCCAGUCCGUAACAUUCACACAUUUGCAUCAGGAACCGGAACGGCCAAUGGAGUUUUCAAGGAUUGUGUGCUUGUCAAGAAGAAUAGCACUGUGGGCGACGUGGCUCGGAAAGUGAUGGGUGAUGUUCCUGUAGCUUAUAUAGAGGGCGCGGGAGGCACAAGAGUCUCAGAGGACGAGAUAGUUUCUAUUGGAAAUUACGAUGUCCUAUCAUUUAAAGUCGGCCGAUGAUACCUCUCUUAUGUGCCAUCACUAAAUUGACAUGUUCCUUCGAUUCCUUCUUCAUUUCAAGGCUUCCCUGCUUGGAUGUCGACUUGGAUGUCGGCUCGUGGAGGUAGAACUCUCUUAAACAUGAAUAUGUCACUCAAAUCCCUUUCUGUGAUCAUGGGAAAACAUCAGCCAGGUGCAUCAAGACGGCAAAGAAAACAAGAAAACAUGUCGAGCCAAAACAAAAAUGUGAAAGUAAACCCACUCACCUUUCCCCUUUCGUCAGACAUGCCAAUAAUAUGCCAGGGAGCUUCCGG